AUGUUGUUAUGGGUAAAUAAAUGCGGAAGGUUGUAAUAACAUUAUAGUGCUGGAUGAUAAUAAUAAGCUGUAUCAUCGAGUUAGCUCUAUACGUGUGACGUUGUCCGCCGAACUAGACUUUCCCCUUUGUUUUGUUUUUAUAUGUAACUUUUAUCCAUUUUGCGAGUAUGUCAACGGAAGGAUCACCGAUUCAUUUGGUAGAUGAACUGAAAGGAACCCUUUAUGAUCCAGAGUAUACAGCUUACAUUAAUCAGCGAAUGAGAGUACCAGAAAGGUUAAGAAUUGAUGGUUCGUCGGAUGAACUGUACAAUUCGACCAUAAUGCCCAACGAAGUUUUUGACAUGCGUGUUCCAGAAAGGAUAGUUGUAGCAGGAAAUGAGCAACACAUAGGUAUCAAAGGAAUUCCAAGAGAAAUUGAAUAUGAAAAUAGCAUCAUGCCUUUGAAAGAAUCAGUGAGAGUGAAGACUCCUCCAUCAGUCAUAAGGCUUGAUGAGUACCCUUUUCCUUCUGCAUUUGAGUUCACUUCUGAGGCACCUGCAGAGAAGCCUGGUGCACUUGUUAAACCUAAACCACGUGUGGACCAGAAAUUAAUUAGCAGGGAGGCCACACCACCAAUAGGACCAGCAGAAGGUCUUUCUUACAAUGAAGAAAUCACCCACUUAAGACGACAAAUGGCUAAAUUAAAUCGUCGUGUCAUGGCCAUAGAGUUGGAUAAUAUUAAAAGGCAGCAGCGUGAAAAAAUUAUUUUGGCUUGUGGACUCGCAUACAUUGUUUUGAAAACAUUAAUAUGGCUAAAUCGCUCACAGUAGUAAUCUGUAAAUAAUCUGUUAAAGAAUGAAACUGUUCUUGUUAAUAAGCUAUGUAAAUCCAAAGGUGCAUUACUUGUAAGGUGGUGUGAAUAUAGUGUGCUAAUGUAUCACCAAAUAAAUAUCCAUGAGGCUUGUGACAGUUUAUGCAAAUUAAGGCUGUAAUAAAAUAGUAUUAAUUUUUGUAAGCCGUGUUGGUUUCUGUGAUUCUGAAUAAUGACACUAAGCACCUGUGAUCAGGCUGACUUUGACUCCAAACAUUGUCUGCUUAUUAAUCUGGAAAUAUAGCUUUUAUAUUUUUGUGCAUUUUAGUUUGCAGUAGUUUUGUUCUUAGACUUUGAACAUUAAUGAUAAAUUUGUGUAUUUAGCCUUUCCAUGACAAAACUGAGCUCAGUUGGCUUGGUGGGAAAAUACCUUUAUGCUUACAAAGAAACACUAUUUGUGGAUUUCUACGUCUGAAUACAUUGGGCCAAGCCAAAACAGCAGCUCCACAAAUAAUUAUAAUGUUUUCUGAUAUAAAAUGUUUUCAUUCCAUUGUGUAUCAGAAAUGUGUGUAAAUCUUUGUAAAUAUGAAGUCAAUGUCAGUGACAAUUGUUGAAAAAUAAACUUUUUUAUGUAUUCUAAUGCAA